UAGUAUGUUUUAAUGUAACUCGUUAUUUAUACAAUGAUAUAGAUUAAGCUUGAAACCCUAACAACAUUGCUUUAUAAUUGAGUUGGUAGAGUCUUUAGUUUUCAUUUUCUAGGUCGUGAGUUCGAAACUGAGAUUUUCAAUAUCUCCGGAAAUUUUCUUCGUUUUUAUCUUCUCCUGAGGUUUUUAGAUUUCUGCUUCAUCUUGUUCAUCUGCAACACCAUGGAAAAAAAUCCAAAGAAAACUCUCCGAAAGAUCAAGUACGCUCCAAAAAUUCCAAAGACGAAAUCCAAACCUCAAUCAACCAAAAUCGAAGAAGAACGUGUUGAAGAAGAUGAACACAAGAGUGAUGAGAUUCAAGCUACCAUUCGUCGUUUGAAGGAAAAUACUGCGAGACGCCAAUCUAAAGUUGAAAAGCAAUCCAGUGUGCAAGAUGCAUUUCCUGGAAGUUCAUCACUUUCCCCGAGAACACUUCGCAGUGGUAGUAGAAGAAGUGGCUUAGAAUCAAAUUUCUCUGCUAAUGAAAAUUACGGUUCAACAUAUUCUUCAACUUCAAUUGAGGAUUUCUAUACUUCGGCGAUACAUGCCACUGAUGAUUCCACCGAUGAAGAAGACUACAAGGAACUAUGGAAUCAUCCUGACUCGAUCUAUCCUGUUACUCUUCCUCUGAGGAAACCCAAUUCUGGAAAUCCAGCAAUUCUUGAUGAGGAAGAAUUUGGAGUGGCUGCUACUAAUGUGGAAUAUGACGAUAAACCUCUUAAUUCUGCCGAAGAACUCGGGCUGUUGGACAAUAGUGAGCAACCAAAGAUGAUUGUCUUUCAACUUCCAACUGUACUGCCUGGUAUCAAGCAACCGGUGAGCUGGAAGGGGAAGGAAAAAAUGGGUGCGUCAAAUGCAGCAAAGCCGAAAAAGGGGAGUAACUUGUUGCAGCUUCCGAGUGGAUGUAUCGGCAAAAUGCUGGUGUAUAAGAGUGGAGCAGUCAAAUUAAAAAUCGGAGAAACCCAGUACGAUGUGUCUGCAGGUACAAAAACUAUAUUUUAUCAAGAUGUUGUUGCAAUUAACCCCGCAAAGAAAGACUACUCGGUACUCGGGGCGGUUACCGCUAACACAAAGGCGGUUGUAACUCCUGAUCUUGAUUCCGUUGAUUUGUUAAAAGACUGAAGCUAAGAGUGUCAUUUUAAGGGGAUCGUGGCUUAUGUGAAUAGGAGAAAUAUUUUGUGAAUACAUCUGAUGAUUGGAAGUAUAAACUAGGCAGUAAAAUUAAUACGACAUUGGUAGAAUAUCAAGUGUAAAAUUGAAUUAGUGUUGUCGCGUUGCAAGAAUACUUAACUUUCUGUAUGUUGAACUAAGGUCAUUGAUGAGUAGAAAAAACUGAAUUCAUCGGGAAAAUGAUAAUAUUUAACUUGCUUCAA